AUGUCUGGCCACAAGGCCCUACGUUUGCAUGUUGCCACAGUAGAAGGCUUUCCCUCCUCCUCUGAUAGAGACCAGCUGUGUUGGGACCUCAUCCUGGAAUCAUCCAAGCAAGACAAGUUGUUGUGGGAGAAGAUGAAGGAGAUACAGGGUGAUGACGCCCUCAAGGCUCAGCUCAUUGACUAUAUCAGGGGUGAGCUUGUCGCCAAAGCCAGAAUUAGUAUUCCCACCUGUUUUGGAAGCAGGACUAAUACUGAUCAUUCAUAUACCCAGAAUCUCACCUGUGAUGCACAGGCACCACUCAAAAACCCAGCAUUCAGAGUACUACUGGAGGCUCAGUGGUGGGGUCCCAAAGGUGAAGGUAGGAGGUGUGGUAGGAAGGGAAAUGCCUACACAGAUAAUCUUCCUAUCCUGGCUCUUAUCGCUUGCACAGUGGAGUGUGUCCUUCUUGGAGUGAAAAGAGGAUCACCGGUAGACUUCUCAGAAAGUUACUUCAAAUCUCGGUGGGAGAGCUUUAUGGAGUUGCUCACUGAAUUUUCCAACAAAUGUCCAACUUAUUUGGAGACUGUCUGGGAUGAGCUGAAGGAGAGGCUCUGGAAAGGCCACACUGCUCUAUCAACUGACGCUCCUACUCCAAUAUUUGAUUUCUCAGCCCUAGAGACAGCAGCUAAGGUAACCAAGCAGGGGAAGGCGUAG